UUUACAUACACACACAUAUAUAACACAAAAACGAACAACUCACUUAUGCCGAUCAACAGAAAAAAAGUCACGUGACUUUGGAGCAGCUGCUCGAUGAUGAAGCGGAGAAACCACGUGGUCAUGGAGACGCACGAGCUGCUGCGGAGCUGCAUCUUCACCUGAACCUGCGGUGAGUUUGAACAAAGACGUGCACAGCUGUGCGUGUGUGUGUGCGUGCGUGCGUGCGUGUGUGUGUGUGUGUGUGUGUGUGUGUGUGUGUUUGUUUCCUCUCCUGUCGGUGAAAAUCAGUUUAUUAUUUCAGUCAUUGAUUACUUUCUCUCAGUGAGUGUCUGUGUAUGCGCGCGACGAUCACCCCCACCUAUCAAUUAAAAUGGAAGCACGUGCAAGACGGUGUGUCGGACUCCAUGUGACUCUGCAGGAGAUCCUCAGAGAGACUCAGUUUGAUCCUCAGCAAAUAUGAGAGAAAAACACCGAAACAAAAUCAACCAGAGGUCCGAGAGUCUAAAAGUUUAAUCUAAAGGUUUUAUUUUGAAGGUUUCAGUCUAAAAGUUUAAUCUUAAGGUUUUAUUUUGAAGGUUUCAGUCUAAAAGUUUAAUCCAAAGGUUUUAUUUUGAAGGUUUCAGUCAGAAAGUUUAAUCCAAAGGUUUUAUUUUGAAGGUUUCAGUCUAAAAGUUUAAUCCAAAGGUUUUAUUUUGAAGGUUUCAGUCUAAAAGUUUAAUCUUAAGGUUUUAUUUUGAAGGUUUCAGUCUAAAAGUUUAAUCCAAAGGUUUUAUUUUGAAGGUUUCAGUCUAAAAGUUUAAUCCAAAGGUUUUAUUUUGAAGGUUUCAGUCUAAAAGUUUAAUCUUAAGGUUUUAUUUUGAAGGUUUCAGUCUAAAAGUUUAAUCUAAAGGUUUUAUUUUGAAGGUUUCAGUCUAAAAGUUUAAUCCAAAGGUUUUAUUUUGAAGGUUUCAGUCUAAAAAUUUAAUCCAAAGGUUUUAUUUUGAAGGUUUCAGUCUGUCUUUUUUUGUUUCACCUUUAAUUAAAUCAAGAGAAAAUAAAAUUAUAUUUUAUUACGAUUGAUCAUUUUAAUUAUUCAAUAAAUUUCAAAUUCUUUCUUAUUAAAACCAAAUUAGUGAAUGAAUCUUUUUGAACGUUGAUUUCUUCAUUAUUGAUUAAAUCAGUUUUUAAACAGAAUUGAAUCUCAUAAGACCUUCAAAAUAAGAGUCCCUCUGGUUUUUUCUAAAACACCAAACUGCAGGAUUAUGUCAUUUAAAAACGGUAAUUUUGGAAACCUCGUGUUUUGCGUUUGGACAUAAAUAACUGGAGUUUUAAAUGAUCACCAACAGAUAAUCAAUAAUCGGUCUUUACUCUGCGCUCUUGUUCAUGUCUGACAGUUAACAGAUCAAUAUUUAGUGUUGUACAGUCGGUUAUUCUAAACUAAGUAACUUCCUCUCGUUGACGUUAAACUCCAAAAUUAUGUUUAAAAGUAAUUUCACCUCUUUUUUCUACAAAUACGACAAACUUCAGGUCUGACAUGUUUUUAACGUGUUUUUAACAUGUUUUUAAAAACGUGUUUUUAACGUGUUUUUAACGUGUCAGAUCAGUUAGAUCACAUUUAUACGCUUUUAUUUUGACGGGAUUUUAUUCGAGAAGACUUUUCUUCAAACAGAGUGGGUCUGAUAUUUUGUUAUAAAAAUAACUGGCUGUGUGUGAACAGGGCCUGAAGGUCAACCUGUCCUUCAAAAUAAGAGUCUGUCCUUCAAAAUAAGAGUGUGAUCUGCUGCAGUGUGAGUCCAGCUGUGAUGGGGGAGUCCCGACUGAUUGUGGAGGAGCUUCUUGCUCUUUGUCUGCAGAGGAUCAACAUGGAGGAGGUGUCGGUCAGUACAGAGCGAGGUCAGAAAACACACACAAAUACACACAUACAGACACACACACACACACACACACACACACACACACAGAUUCAUGUCGAGUCAGCACAGAAUCUUAAACCAGGAUUGACACUGACCGAGGAUCAGCUGGUUCAUCUGAAGGUCAAAGUUCAAGUUUUUUCUGCACCAGUUUUUUAUUUUUGUUGAUUUUUUAUUUUGUGAGAGAAAACUUGAAUUUGUGAUAAAGAUGAAAAAUGAGUGUUUCGGUUUAAUCUUAAAUCUUCAGGACUUACAGAAACUCUUAAACUCUUUGCCUUAAACGCUCCUAAAGUUUCUCCGAUAUAAAAGUUAAAAUCCUCUUUUAACAGUUCUGCUCAGUGAGGAUCUUUUUUCUUUCAGAGGUGUUGGAGGUGGUGAAGAACUUCGAGGCGGUGAGGAAACGUUGGCUUCACGCUGAGUUGGAGUUAAAGAAGUACAAAGAGCUGCUGGUGAAGUCGGACGUCGCUAAAGCCGCUCUGGAGGUCAAACUGAAACACGCCAGAAAUCAGCUCGACGUGGAGAUGAAGAAACGCUACAAGGUGGAGGGAGAUUACCAGUACCUGGUUAGUACACUACAGAGUACACACUACAGAGUACACACUACAGAGUACACACUACUGAGUACACUACAGAGUACACUACAGAGUACACACUACAGAAAACAUACUACAGAGUACUCUACUGAGUACACACUACUGUGUACACACUACAGAGUACACACUACUGAGUACACUACAGAGUACACUACAGAGUACACACUACUGUGUACACACUACUGAGUACACACUACUGAGUACACACUACUGAGUACACACUACAGAGUACACUACUGAGUACACACUACUGAGUACAUACUUCUGAGCAUACAGUACAGAAAACAUACUACAGAGUACACACUCAUUCGUGUUUUAGGUUGUUCAGGACGGCGGUUUAGAAGAAAAUCUUUUUGUUGAGAUUUUUUCAUGAAAAUGUUUUUAAAUAAAAUAUUUGAACCAGAAACAAAUUAGUGUUUCAGACUUCAGAGGAUUUUAUUUUGGUAACUUAAACUGUCAGUGUUUGUAGGAAGUUUAUUUUGACUCGGACCCUCUCAGAGUUCCAGUCUUUUUUAUCACAGACCCCGCCUCCUUCCUGUCCGAUCGUUCCUCUCGAUUUCCGUCUUUUUUUCAAACCUGUAAAUUCUCUCCCAUCUGAGCUUCAUGAGGAGUUUUGGGCGUGGCGGACACAAGAAGAGUUCACACUUCCUGUUCAGUUUCAAACGACAGCGACAGAGCAGGACGGUGUGAGCGCGCUCAGUGCUGCUUCUUUUAAUGGAAACCUGAAAACAUCGGAAAUGUGUUUUUCCUGUUUCCUCUGUCCUUCCUUCCUGUACUCAGAUUUUCAAAGUAAAAGCUUUUUAAUUUUCAGCCCCCCUCUCCCUUCUCUGAACAGAGUCCAGACUGUUGUGGUCAUGAACUGUCCGGCCUGCAGGAGGCGCUGACAGCUCUUCUUCCUCCCCCUCCUCUGUUUUUGUCCUCAGCAGCGGCAGAUGCAGCUCAUGUGCGACAUCCUCGUUCACGACAGCAAAUCCAGCGCAGCGCUGAACGACGAGCAAAAGUCUCUGAUCGCAACUUUCGAACACAAAGGAGGAAACGCGACGCUGCACCGCAGCGGCAAACGGUGAGACGCCGCCGACGUUAAAGUGAAGGUCGACAUGUUCAAGAUUCAGAAAAGACUUUCAGAUGUUAUUGAUCCUCCUCACAGUUAGGGGGCAGCAGGCUGAUCAAUCUGCUGCAUCUGGUCUGAUAUUUGUGAUUUUUUUACUUGUUGCAGCUCCAGAUUUUUUGAUGUUGACGAUCUGAUGACGACUUUUCAUUUCCUUUGUCUUCCUCUCCCCGUUUAUCGUCGUCUUCUUCAUGGAUUAAAAUCCCUGAUUCUGAUAGGCUGUCUGUGAUCGACGAGUCGUCUUUCCUGUCUCAUUCUGACAUCAGCUACGACCGAACCGACGAUGACGUGGUACGUUCACAAAAACACGUAACUGAGGCUCUGUUCGAGUUUCCUCAGAAGUCCGACGUCGGAGCUGAAAAUGACGUCACACCCGAGUUUCCAGCGUUUCGGUCACCAAGUGGGAAGAAAACAAAAAACGGAGACAAAAAACAAGAUGGCUACGGCAACGAUAUUUAUUUUAGCACCUGCCUCGUCCGGAUAUCAGGCAAGCGUUAAAAUAACUUUCGUAGAUGCAGCCAUCUUGCUUCAGGCCUCAGAUUCAAACGCUGGAAACUUGAGUGUGACGUCAUUUUCAGCUCCGACAUCUGACGUCCGAAGUAACUCAAACGCAGCAUCAGUGUCUGUUCGAACCCGAGUCUAUCACAGGUGUGUUAACAGGUGUGUUGACAGGUGUGUUGACAGGUGUGUAUCGCAGGUGUGUUAACAGGUGUGUUAACAGGUGUGUUAACAGGUGUGUAUCGCAGGUGUGUAUCGCAGGUGUGUAUUGCAGGUGUGUUAACAGGUGUGUAUCGCAGGUGUGUUAACAGGUGUGUUAACAGGUGUGUUAACAGGUGUGUAUCGCAGGUGUGUAUCGCAGGUGUGUAUUGCAGGUGUGUUAACAGGUGUGUAUCGCAGGUGUGUUAACAGGUGUGUUAACAGGUGUGUUAACAGGUGUGUAUCGCAGGUGUGUUAACAGGUGUGUUAACAGGUGUGUUAACAGGUGUGUUAACAGGUGUGUAUCGCAGGUGUGUUAACAGGUGUGUUAACAGGUGUGUAUCGCAGGUGUGUUAACAGGUGUGUUAACAGGUGUGUAUCGCAGGUGUGUUAACAGGUGUGUUAACAGGUGUGUAUCGCAGGUGUGUUAACAGGUGUGUUAACAGGUGUGUUAACAGGUGUGUUAACAGGUGUGUAUCACAGGUGUGCGUUCAGGUGUCUCGUCGUUCAGGCGUCUGUUUUUGUUUUUCUUCCUCAGGAUCUCGACACGUCGGUGAUCAAACCGCUGAGGUCUCGGGUUCGAGAGAAAAGGGUGAGUCAGAGUUUCACCUGUGUACCUGUGAACCUGCUGACCUUUGACCUCCCUGACUGACCUUCUCACCUGCAGCGCUCGUCUCUCGGUCCGACUCUCGGCGCUCCUGUGGUGAAGCGCGGUCGGGGCGGGAAUGUUUCUGCGGAGCUUCUGGAGAGGAAACCCGUGGAGAAGGUGAACACACCUGAGGGUCAUGACCUUCUGCAGGAGGAUUAAAGGAGCAGUCCGAACUUUUAAAUCACUGAGUGGAGCUUUAGUCCGCCGACUCUGAAAAAACGAUUCUCGUUUUUCUUUUUGUUUCGGCGUUCUGCAGCGUACUAAAGCCCUGAUUGGUUUUUGCUUUAGUGGGCGGGGUUUAUAGAUUGACGUGUGUCGCUCUUGACAUCAAACCUUCGUUAAGAGGCCGACGUCAAAAAUUUAUCGUUAAAAAAACCAAAAUGAUCCGUUUUCAAAGUUAAAAGUUUAUCUUUGUUUUUUUUCAUUUUCUCUCAAUAAAAAAAGUUUAAAAAAAAUUUUUUUCAUAAAAAUCAAAUUUUUUAAUCAGUUUCAAGUUUUUUUUGUUUUUUGACUCAGGAGGUCGAGACCGUCGUGAAGGCGUCCGUGUCGGCGCCAGAAUCUGGAGGUCAGAUCCACAUGGUUCUGGGAAUCACUCAGGAGAACCUGGAGAACCGGAGCAGAACUGUGACCCAGGAGUGUGCUGUUUCUGUGGGAGGAGGAGGAGGAGGAGGAGGUGAAGGAGGUGAAGGAAGAGGAGGAGGAGGGGGUGUAGGAGGAGGUGAAGGAGGAGGAGGAGGAGGAGGUGAAGGAGGUGAAGGAAGAGGAGGAGGAGGUACGGAAGGAGGAGAAGGAGGAGGUGAAGGAGGAGGAGGAGGUACGGAAGGAGGAGAAGGAGGGGGUGUAGGAGGAGGUGAAGGAGGUAAGGAAGAGGUGGAGGAGGUAAGGAAGGAGGAGGAGGUGAAGGAAGAGGAGGAGGAGGUAAGGAAGGAGGAGGAGGUGAAGGAGGAGGAGGAGGUGAAGGAAGAGGAGGAGGAGGGGGUGUAGGAGGAGGUAAGGAAGGAGGAGGAGGUGAAGGAGGAGGAGGUGGAGGUGUUUAUUUCAUCUGUUUUCGGGUCAAACCCGGUUCUUCGCCGUCGUAGCUUUAACGCUGACAUCACUUCCUGAAAAUCACUUCCUGUCCCGCAGACCAAACGUCAGUCUGGUUUCCUGACGAUGAGACGACAGUCGAACCCGAAACUGAAACCAGAACCGAAACCAAACCAGCAGCUGGACCGUCUCAGUUCUCCAGGACCCAGAAACCUCCGAGACACGUGUUCCUGUCCAAAACGGUAAGAUCAAUAAAAACGAAGAUUGACGAUAAAUCGACUCGUAAAGAACCAGAACAGUUCGGAUUCUACGGAGGACCGGUCCAACUGGGCCAGCUGGUCCAGAAUGACGAGGUUCUGGUUUUGGUUAAAGUCCGGCUCUGUGGAGACCAGAACUGAUCAAUACAGACACGAGUCCGGGUAAUCAAUAACUUUAAAAACAUAUUUCUAUUGAUCAGAGGACGGAGCGGAAACAUUAUUGAUGAUCAGAUUCAUUAUUGAUCGAUUCAUUAUUGAUCAGAUUUAUUAUUGAUCAGAUUCAUUAUUGAUCAGAUUUAUUAUUGAUCAGAUUCAUUAUUGAUCAGAUUUAUUAUUGAUGAUCAGAUUUAUUAUUGAUCAGAUUCAUUAUUGAUGAUCAGAUUCAUUAUUGAUCAGAUUUAUUAUUGAUGAUCAGAUUCAUUAUUGAUCGAUUCAUUAUUAUUGAUCAGAUUUAUUAUUGAUCAGAUUUAUUAUUGAUGAUCAGAUUCAUUAUUGAUCAGAUUUAUUAUUGAUGAUCUGAUUUAUUAUUGAUCAGAUUUAUUAUUGAUGAUCAGAUUCAUUAUUGAUUAUUGGGCUGCUACAGUAGUCACGUUUUCACACUCAGAGCUGAUUCACAGAUUUUCAGUUUUCGUCCGAUUUUCUCGUAUUUGGAGGUUUUUACAAACGAACCCGAACAGGACCGUCAUUUUCAGGACCGUCAUUUUCAGGACCGUCAUUUUCAGGACCGUCAUUUUCAGGACCGUCAUUUUCGGGUCGAGGUUCUGGUCCUGAGGAACCGUGGCUCUGACUCCUGUCACAGUUGUUUCUGAACUUCAUUGAAGGUUCUCAGAAGUUUCUCUCUUCAGGUAAUCCGACCUGAGACCUGCUCGCCGUGUGGGAAGAGGAUUCGCUUUGGGAAGGUGGCGGUGAAGUGCAGAAACUGCCGCGCCGUCGCUCAUCCUGAGUGUAAACACCGAUUUCUUCCCGGCUGUUUGGCGGCUGCUUCUUCAGGAGGUUCAACUCAACAGGUAACAGAAAACUGAAUUUAAUCAUCAUCAUAAAACUUCAGUCCCACAGGAUGAAACAGGAAAUCUUUAUUGAUCAGAAACUGAUCAAUUUAAUCAAUAAUUCACGAGUUAAAAAAAAGAUUUCUGUGAUCUAGUUUUAAAAAAAUUACAGACACAUAAAGUCAGGGACACAGAUCAAGAAGAGCGUCUUCUUCAGAGUUUAGAGAUACAACCAAAAUCGCUCCAGAGCGCCCCCUAGAAUUUUUCAAAUAAAAUUCUUACAGGCUGAUGUGAUAAACAAAGGGUGGCAGUGAGGCGCUGAGCGGGCGCUGAGCGGGCGCUGAGCGGGCCCCUCGGGGGGGUCACAAGUUAUAACCGGUUUUUGUUUUUGUUGUUUUUAUUUUUAUUUUUGUUGUCGUCGUCAUUGUUGUUGUUGUCGUCGUCAUUGUUGUUUUUGUUGUUGUUGUCUUCUUUGUUGUUGUUGUUUUUGUUGUUGUUAUGGUCGUCAUUGUUGUUUUUGUUGUUGUUGUUGUUGUUGUUGUUGUUGUUGUUGUUGUCGUUGUUGUUUUUGUCGUUGUUGUUGUUUUUGUCGUUGUUGUUAUGGUCGUCAUUGUUGUUUUUGUUGUCGUUGUUGUUGUUGUUGUCGUCGUUGUUGUUGUUGUUGUUGUUGUUGUUGUCGUUGUUGUUUUUGUCGUUGUUGUUUUUGUUGUCGUUGUUGUCGUCGUCAUUGUUGUUUUUGUUGUCGUUGUUGUUGUUGUUGUUGUUGUUGUUUUUGUUGUUGUUGUUGUUGUUGUUGUUGUCGUUGUUGUUGUUGUUUUUGUCGUUGUUGUUGUUUUUGUCGUUGUUGUUUUUGUUGUUGUUGUUUUUGUCGUUGUUGUUGUUUUUGUCGUUGUUGUUUUUGUCGUUGUUGUUGUUGUUUUUGUCGUUGUUGUUUUUGUUGUUGUUUUUGUCGUUGUUGUUGUUUUUGUCGUUGUUGUUAUGGUCAUCAUUGUUGUUGUUGUCGUUGAUCACUGUCAUGUUGCGUCUCUCUCUGAACGACGGUAAACUCAGAUGAUCGUUUUUUUAUGAAGAACCUCAAACUGUCGUCCUUCUUCAGAACCUGUUGGAGGAUUUCGCUCCGGUCAAUCAUCCCCGAGUUCCUCAGCUGGUGGUCGAGUGUGUGGCGGAGAUCGAGAGGAGGGGCUUAGAGGAGGUGAGUUUGUUUUAAAUCGAAUAAUCUCAUAGAGGCGGGAUUAUAAUCCGUUCUAAUUUCAUUCCAGUUUUUGAUUAAAGGUUGUUGAGGUUAAACAACAAAACAAAGUUUUGUUUCCUGCCGAGUAAAAUAGAAAUAAACGGAGAGAGAUGAUGGAUCUAUUGAUUUAACAGAGUGGGAGGAGUUUAUCAUAGUGGGAGGAGUUUAUUAUAGUGGGAGGGGUUUAUUAUAGUGGGGUUAGUUUUUAAAGACUGCUCUGGUUCAGCUGUAGUUUGAUUAUCCACCUGGUUUAAUGUCUCCCUCAUUAUUAACUGACUAAUCAACCUUCAGGUAAUUAAAACUUUAAAAAAGUUCACGGGCAGAAUAAAAAAAUCGAGUCUGAUUGAUUUAUUCAUAAAAGUCCAGAUAAAAUCGAUUUAACUCGAUGAUAUUUUGUCUCUCAGUUUCUCGUUGAUAAAGAAUAUUAUUGUUGACAUUAUUCGGAGACCGAAACGUCGAUUUCUCAGCCGUAUUGAAGAGCAGCAUUUCUCUGCGCCGUUCGGUUUGUGUUUACGUUGUCGACCAAACGCCUCAGUAAGUGCCCCCCCGCUGAGUUAGUCCUGUUUUAGGAGAGUUUGUUUGGUUGUUGUGUUGCCCUGUUUUUGUUGUUAUCACUUUUGAACUGUUUUGUCUCUCUGGUUCGUCCGUCUCGUUGGACUCUCUUUGCUGAUAUAAAAAUAUUUCCUGAAACCAAAAACAUCGUAGACUCAAUCGUACAGAGAAGACCACGUUAAAUGACUCCCUCCUUCAGGUCAUCCGACAUGUCUCUCUUUAGUGUGAUUGUUGAUGUUUCUCCUCCGUGUUCCUCUCUUUGGUGUGAUUGUUGAUGUUUCUCCUCCGUGUUCCUCUCUCUGGUUCUGCUCAUGUUCUGCAGAGAGGUCUCUAUAGAGUUCCUGGAGGUGAACGUCUGGUGAAGGAGCUCAGAGACCGGUUCCUUCAGGGGAAAGCUCCUCUCCUGCUCAGUAAAGUCUCGGAUGUUCACGUCCUCUGUGGUCUUCUGAAGGACUUCCUGAGGAGACUGAAGGAACCUCUGAUCACCUUCAGACUGCACAGAACCUUCAUGGAGGCCUCAGGUCUGAAGAGGACUCAAGUCUUCUCUGAUGUUUGACCCCGGACGAUCUGUGAAGGUUCUGAAGGUUCUCUUUGGUUUCAGAGCUGAAUGAUGAAGAUAACAGCACCGCCGUCAUGUACCGGGCCAUCGCAGAACUUCCCAAGGCCAACAGAGACACUCUGGCCUUCCUGAUGCUUCACCUUUACAAGUAAGACCCGAAACCCGGUUCUGAAGGACCCAGAUGAUCAGCUUAAUCUAAACCUACAGUUCAGUCAUCUUCAAGACCCGGUCAAAGUCCUGAGCAGGUUCUGGUUCUGACUUUUCUUCAGGGUCUUUGUGAUCCCUCUGUUCUUCUGUUAUUAAUGGUUUUGUGGUCCAGGGUGGUCAGGAGUCCUCAGUGUCAGAUGGAUCAGAAUAAUCUAGCCCGGGUUUUUGGUCCGACCAUCGUAGGACACGGGAUGUCUGAACCGUCGCCGACCACCAUCAUGAGGGACACCAACACUCAACCCAAGGUCUCCGAUUCCCGAGCUUCAGAUUUAGAAUAAUAAUUAUAAUAAUAAUAAUAAUAAUAAUAAUAAUAAUAAUAAUGAUAAUAAUAAUAAUAAUUAUUAUUAUUAUUAAACUAUAAUAAUAAUUAAACUAUUAUGAUGAUGAUGAUUAUUGUUAUUGUUAUUAAUUUUAUUAUUAUUAUUAUUAUUAUUAUUAUUAAUAAUAGUAAUAAUAAUAAUAAUAAUAAUAAUAAUUAUUAUUAUUAUUAUUAUCUUCAGAUUAUUUAUGAGGUGGAAGGAAACGAUGAGACUAGAUCCAAGUGAACAAAGAGGGUCAGGUUUUAGUUUAGUCCUGGUCUGAGGAGGGUCAGGUUUUAGUUUAGUCCUGGUCUGAGGAGGGUCAGGUUUUAGUUUAGUCCUGGGUGGUUGGUCUUUGGUCUCAGUCCUCAUUAGUCUCUGAUAUUCGUUAUUUUUCAGGUCGUUUGUCGUUUGUUGUCCCUUCCUGAAUCUUACUGGAAGCGGAUCCUCUCGGUCCACUCAGACCAGACUCAGGGUCAGGAUCUGGGUCCAGGUGAGUUCAGAUCCAGGAGGUUUUUUUUUUCAGUAGAUCUGAUCAGACGGUCAAUUAAAACGUUGUUUAAAUGAUUUUUAUAUUUUUAACACAUCAUCAUUUUAGAUUUUUCAUUAAUACUCGUAUAUUAAGAAUCCGAUUAAAAAUCCGAUUAAAAAUCCGAUUAAAAAUCCGAUUAAAUCCGUUUCUUUAGUUUCUUUAGUUCCAGUCGUUUGUUCUCAGUCGACUCACAGUAAAAAAAAUGUUUAUAUUAAUAAUUUAACUUUAAACUUUAUUUACUAAUGUUUUUAUCGGGCUUACAGGUCGGCUGUUCAAACCUUUGACGUCUCCGGAGUUAAACAGUCACUAUAAAACGUCCAGUUAUGGAUCUUUGAGAGGACGGAUCAGGAACCCAGACGAUGUUCCUGCCAGUCGGUAAGAGCCGCUUCACCUCCAGUCACCAUGAAAUAAACUUUUAUUAAAUAAACUUUUAUUUUUAUCAGUCACCAUGAAAUAAACUUUUCUUAAACCAACUUGGUGAGGAAAUCUGCAGAGUUACAGAGAAAACAAUGAAGAAUAAAAACGAUCAUCAUGAAGAUUUUAAAAGUUCAUUUAGACCGAAACAAAAAUAUGAAAAAUAAAAAAAAGACAAAAAUGUUAAAAAACAAGAAACUAAAACGACUUAAAACAAAAAAAAAGUUAUUUUAGCAAAUUAUUGGAGUUAUUUAUUUUAUUUAUUACAUUGAUUAUUAUUGGAGUUAUUAUUUAUUUUAUUUAUUACAUUGAUUAUUAUUGGAGUUAUUAUUUAUUUUAUUUAUUACAUUGAUUAUUAUUGGAGUUAUUAUAAUAUAAAUAUAAAUAUAAAUGACCUACAGUCGCCUCAGACCAGCAGCUAAGACCCAACAGACCAGGUCGGGGUCAGAGGUCAGAGGUCAGUCCAAUAUCUGAACUUUAAUAAAUCUGAUCAAGUUCCUGUUUUUACUCUUGGUUCAGCCCCUUUGCAUGAUGGGUAACUGAGUCUGGGGACUGAGAGUUCGAGUCGAAGUUUUAACUCAAUUUUUAUUUUAUUUAUUUCAGUCGAAUCGAAACCGGGAGAAGAUUCUUCACGUCACCGAGCUGAGCCGGAGGAAACACCCUACAGUACACACUGUAGGACUACACACACUGUAGGACUACACACAGUACACACUGUAGGACUACACACACUGUAGGACUACACACACUGUAGGACUACACACAGUACACACUGUAGGACUACACACAGUACACACUGUAGGACUACACACACUGUAGGACUACACACAGUACACACUGUAGGACUACCCCCCCCCCCCCCCCCCCAAAUCCAAAUCCAAAUCCGGCUCCCUCGAGGUGUUUCAGGGUUCAGGGGUAAAACCAGCUCUGUUUGGACCUGGUUCAGGGUUUUGGGGUUAAACUGGUCCCACUUUGGUGUUUUCGGG